CGGACCCCAAGACGCAAGGCGUCGGCUGAUCUCCCAGCGAUCUUCUCUGGAGACUCUGGAGGACAUUGAGGAAAAUGCCCCACUGCGGAGAUGUCGGACUCUCUCAGGAUCACCCAGACCAAAGAACUUUAAGAAGGUUCAUUUUAUCAAGAACAUGCGGCAACAUGAUACCAGAAACGGCAGAAUAGUCCUUAUCAGCAGCAGAAGAUCCUUCUGUAGCAUAUUUUCAGUGCUGCCAUAUCGAGACUGUACCCAAGUCGGGGAUGUGAAGUUGGACAGUGGACGUCAAUGCCAUUCUGCAGGAGUGUGUCUGAAAGAAAUAAUUGGUCUUGAAGGUGUGGAGCUGGGAGCAGAUGGGAAGACUGUUUCUUACACCCAGUUCUUAUUUCCUACGAACGCUCUGGGAACGCGGAGGAACACGAUAGACUCCACCUCGUCCUUCUCCCAGUUUCGCAAUGCAAGCCAUCGUAGCCUUUCUUUGGCAAGAGCUAACAGCACCCAAGGGAGCAUUGAUGCAGGUAGCGACCUGGGAGACUACGUUGAAUAUGACCCAAAUCUUCUAGAUGAUCCCCAAUGGCCGUGUGGCAAACAUAAGCGGGUUUUAAUAUUCCCUUCGUAUAUGACCACAGUCAUUGACUAUGUGAAGCCAUCAGAUCUCAAGAAGGACAUGAAUGAGACCUUUAAGGAGAAGUUCCCUCACAUCAAGUUAACUCUCAGUAAAAUACGAAGCUUGAAGAGAGAAAUGCGCAAGCUUGCUCAAGAAGAGUGCGGGUUCGAAGAGCCCACAGUGGCCAUGGCCUUUGUGUACUUCGAGAAGCUCGCGCUCAAGGGCAAGCUGAACAAGCAAAACAGAAAGCUUUGUGCUGGAGCCUGUGUUCUCUUAGCAGCCAAAAUUGGCAGCGACCUCAGAAAACAUGAAGUCAAGCAUCUUAUAGAUAAACUGGAAGAGAAGUUCCGACUGAACCGGCGCGAGCUGAUCGCCUUCGAAUUCCCGGUGCUGGUGGCCUUGGAGUUUGCGCUCCACCUGCCUGAGCACGAAGUGAUGCCGCACUACAGACGUUUGAUCCAGAACUCCUAGCACUGGCUGCCCUUCUGGGAAGGGGCGCCGGACUGUUUCCACUUAGCUCUGGGGAGCUGCAGUUACUACUGGAAAUGCAAAAGCAGACUUGUAACACUUAUCUCUCUCUCUCUCUCUCUCUCUCUCUAAAACAGUUUUUCCAGCAACAUAUAGGAAACCCUGCGUUGACUUAAGACUCUCAGCUUUGGCAAAUUUACGUAUUGUUAUUUUCUCAAAGCAGGUGAGGACCGACACGUUGGUUAAUGGUUAACGUUUGCUGAAACUGGGUGGCAACUGACCCUACCCGUGGGGACUAUGGAUGUACAAGUUAGUUACCUGAAUCAGACAUAAAAAAAUUUGAAGGGCAGUCUCCAUUACCACCCCUCUCUCCAUCACACAAACCCCAAAAGAAAGCCCACUUGAGCGCAUUCUCCUAGUGCUUUUUCUACCGACCUGCUGCGACUCUUACAAAAGGACUUCUUAACGUUGUGAAAAAGCUUUUAAAGAGGAUAUCUUCACUGUGUCAAAAAGAAUGUGCCAAUCUAUUUUUGUAUCAGCAAUUGAAAGUGCACUUUUUCCUGUGGGGUGUUUGUGUGUGUAUGUGUGUGUGCGCGCGCGCGUGUGACGCUGAACUGAUCUCAGGCCAGGUGGCUGGCUUCGCAGUUUCAGAGUGUAUCACUUACUGAUGGUGAAGAGCAAGGUGACCUUAUGUGUUUACCUCUUGAAAAACCUAACUACUGGAAAAGUGGUAAAUGGGAUCAUUUUUUGGACACUUUUUUUUUUUUAAUUCUCUGAUCUUUCCAACAUUUUACCUUUGAAAGGGUUACACUACUACUACAAGAGAAGAAUCAGCAACUGACCAUAAGUUUUCACUCAUUUUGUGAUAAAGAUGAAAGCAUUAGUACGAGAUUUCCAUGUCAUGUUUUUUAAAAAAUGUCUUGUGUUAAGCCACAUGCAUAUUUUUAACCUUCGCACUUUUCCCACUGUGGAGAUGGUUAGACUUGCACUCUGUAGUGUUGUAUUUCUGUGCUCUAUGUUAGAGUGCGUAAUAAGCACAUUUAUUGUGCUGCAUCUUAAAACAGUGUUUUAUUAAAAAAAAAAAAGAGUAGGGCUCAGCAGUAUAACAGGUGUCUUAAGGCUCCAACAGCAGGGACAUCAGCUACUCUUAAAGUUUUGUUGUUUCUUUUCUUUUUAGCUAGAAUUGACUGUGCAAAACUUAAAAUCAGUGACCAUUUAAGUUAAAGGUCCAGUUUCUUCAGACAUUUCAAUACUGGAGUUUUACAGUAAACUUCCUGCAGCUUCCAUGGUUGUGACUGGACACCCAGAAAGGCUGGAGACUUUCAUCCAAACUCUCUGAUGCUAUAUACACUAAGCUAGCGCCAUGCUUCAGGACACUAUUAAAUUGGUUUUCCUCUGUGAGAUUACACCAUGUCCAGUCUUCUCCUUUGCUGAUUCACUGAACAAGCCUUGUCCUGAACAUGCCCCACACAGAUCCACUAAAUUCCUCACAUUUAUGGUAUUACCAAAAAAAAAAAAAAACCUCAGCCAUGAGGUUUCAGCUGCAGCUUUACCUCUCUCAGUUUGGGAGCGCUUGCUUGGAGGAUGGAGCAGAAGGUAGAGAAGCAGGACAUAGCAGAGGAUGUAAACACACUAAUGCUUACUUUCUUUCGCUUAUACUUUAAUCGGUUUUAUGAUUUCCUUCAGUUAGGCCAGGAAACAUCCAGUUUCUUUACCAGCUUCAACGCCUUUAAAUUCUAGUAUGAAAAAUGCCUGGGUAUGAUUGCUCUAUAGGCUCUGGAAAGGUUACGUAAAACACACCAGGACAAAUGGGAGUUUGUUUGACGCUAUUGCUCUCUCUCAAUUCUAAGGGGGAGGUUCACUAUACUUGCUUACAGUUAUUAUUCCUCCUUAUCUAAUUAUUAAUUAGAUACCUUCCACCAGGACUGGGGAAGAGGGGACAAAGAGAAAUCCCCCCUCCCCCCCCCAAACGCUGCACUGGACACUCGUCUUGUCCGGCAGCGGAGAGGGGCCGGGGGCCCAGGAGCAGCCGAGGAACAGAAAAGACGAGAGCCUGCAGAGCGCUUAAUUCAUACAGAUCCUCUCUAGCCUGUUUAUUCAGUCCAAAACGGCAGUGUAGCAGCCUGGCUUA